ACGUGCAUGCAUGUGUCUGCCUGUUCCCAUGUUAGAGAGUGUUUGUGUCUCUGUAACAAACAUGCACACUGUGUGUUCGUGCGCCGGACUUGAGGAACAAUGUGCUUUUUCAGAUAUUUUGUUCAGUAUGUUGUUGUUUGUGUGGAUGGGAUUACAGCAGACAUGGUCUCCUAAGCCCUGCCUUUGAUUUACAAUGUACCACUGAUCACAGUCAAUCUGUAAUUGUGAAUACGUCUAAUACAAUGUGUGUGUGUGUGUGAGAGCAGAAGGGAUUAGGAAGGCACCUCAUGCCGUGUGUAUGAGUGAUUUUAGGUUUCGAUUUUUUGAAGUAUGUGUGUGUCUGCGUAUAGUGUACAUCUGUGGGUGUGUGUGUGUGUGUGUGUGUGUGUGUGUGUGUGUGUGUGUGUGUGAGACAGCGCUCGGAUCUUGAAUUUCUUGCUCUGCUUUUUUGGACUGAGACUGGGCUAGGCUGCCCAGGAUUAAUUGCCAUCCUUUGAGGAAUGAAAUCCUGUACUGUCAAUGUGCCCUAAUCCGCUCCCUUAGGACGGCCAUGGACAUCAAUCUGAUGGCUUUUUAUCCACGGCUCCUUCAUCACACAGAUUACUGGGUCCGGGCAGCACUUGUAUGCGGCUGGACUGCCAACUCUCUGAUUACACACGUGCACACAAACACACACACACACACACACAUACACACAACCUUAUUGUUUUUACUUUAAAGGCCUUUACUCUAAGGCCUUUCCUGCUUCUGUUUGAACAUGGUAUUAUCGCUGUAGCAACGCUAAGGCUUCUCAUGUGGAAUGAGGGUAAGGAACAUGGAGCAGCAGACCUGGGACCGGACUGGGACAGCCCAAUGGUAGAGGCUGUCCUGGACACCAGACUAGAGGCUGUCCUGGACACCAGACUAGAGGCUGUCCUGGACACCAGACUAGAGGCUGUCCAGGACACCAGACUAGAGGCUGUCCUGGACACUAGACUAGAGGCUGUCCUGGACACUAGACUAGAGGCUGUCCUGGACACUACACUAGAGGCUGUCCUGGACACCAGACUAGAGGCUGUCCUGGACACCAGACUAGAGGCUGUCCUGGACACCAGACUAGAGGCUGUCCUGGACACCAGACUAAAGGCUGUCCUGGACACCAGACUAGAGGCUGUCCUGGACACUAGACUAGAGGCUGUCCUGGACACCAGACUAGAGGCUGUCCUGGACACCAGACUAGAGGCUGUCCUGGACACUAGACUAGAGGCUGUCCUGGACACUACACUAGAGGCUGUCCUGGACACCAGACUAGAGGCUGUCCUGGACACCAGACUAGAGGCUGUCCUGGACACUAGACUAGAGGCUGUCCUGGACACCAGACUAGAGGCUGUCCUGGACACCAGACUAGAGGCUGUCCUGGACACCAGACUAAAGGCUGUCCUGGAUACUAGACUAGAGGCUGUCCUGGACACCAGACUAGAGGCUGUCCUGGACACUAGACUAGAGGCUGUCCUGGACACUAGACUAGAGGCUGUCCUGGACACUAGACUAUAGGCUGUCCUGGACACUAGACUAAAGACUGUCCUGGACUCUAGACUAGAGGCUGUCCUGGACACUAGACUAGAGGCUGUCCUGGACACUAGACUAGAGACUGUCCUGGACUCUAGACUAGAGGCUGUCCUGGACACCAGACUAGAGGCUGGAAUGCAGACAACCCCUCAGGGAGGCCCUGCAGUCUGUGAUGCUGCCUGUGCUGGAGGUGAAGGGCUAAUCUGUCUUUAUACAGAAUGCCUGCCAUCUGCUGGAAGAGGCUUUAUGUCAGAUGGGGUAUACACUACAGCGAGUGUGUGUGUGUGUGUGUGUGUGUGUGUAUUCAGGUCCAGAUCACAGCUGUGCUGGGUAGUGGUGCAGCAAUAAACUAAACUACUCAGGAGUAUGUGGGAUACACCUGAUCUCAGCUGGGGUGUGUUGGGACAGUGAUGGAUGGGGGUGUGUGUGUGUGUGUGAGUGUGUUUGCAUGUGAGUGAGUGCGCCUGAAUGCAGCUAUGGGGCUGGACACUGCUGGGAAGUGGCAAAGUGUAGAUGUAUUUGUGUGCGUGUGUGUUUGUGUAUUAGUGCUCAGCUGGGAUGUGGUGUUACCCAGUCCUGGCCCUCCUGUGGUCUCUGUCAGUUUGAAUUAGUAAAGGUCUCUCUAUCAGAGACCUGGGAGGCCCCUUCCCUGUCCCCUCCACUCACAAACCAGCACACCGUUUGCAUAAAGAUCAAGAUUAUCCUCCAGAGUCACUGUUGCUAUGCCUUUAGUGCCUGGUAAAACAAUCCUCCAUUUGAAAGGGUGCGUCAGGUUGCUUUUGCCUUGAAAAACAAAACACAUUUAGAAAUGAACCAUUUCAUGAUUUGUCACUGAUCUUUUUUUAAUGUGUUUUCAUCUGACAUCCAUGAUGUGUUUAACUGCCAUCUUCACCUUCUUCCUCCUCCUUUUGACUCUCUCAGCUCGCUCUCCUUAUAUCAGCUCUCCUCUUCCUCCCUGGGUUACAUCAGUGCGUUUGCGUUAUAACUGUUCCUCCUCCUUUUUCUUCGUGAGGCGAUUCUUUUGUUUCGUAGUUUAAGCAACAUGCUGUGAUGGUCCUCUU